GUUGGGGGGUGGUCUCUGAGGAGGAGCCAGGCUGGACUGUAUUGUUCCGCGCUCCGCUUCUCGGGUUCUUCUGCCCGCUUCAGACCCGGUGGGCGCACCCCGAGGCAGAGGCUCCCCCCCUGCGCUCCGAGACGGUUCCGAGGAAGGGAGGUCUCACCUGGAGCUCUGCGUCGGAGCCACAGGAGCGGGGGAUACCGGUGGAGAGUCAGAGUCCCUGUUGUUCCCCGCCGCACCGCGAGCCUUUGCAGGAGCGGGGCACCAGGUCCCCUCCCUGCGAUGGCCGCUGUCCGUCUGGGCCCCGUCAGGAGCACGUGCGGACGCUGGAGCACCGCUCUCUAGCCGGCCACAGCGUCUCUUUACCCCCGCCUGGCGAUGGGGAGCAGCGGGUCGGCGUUGAGGGUCUGUGCGGACCACCGCGGGGGCAUCAACUGGCUGAGUCUGAGCCCCGACGGGCAGCGCCUGCUGACGGGCAGCGAGGACGGCACGGCCCGCCUCUGGAGCACCGCGGACGGCCAGUGCUGCGCGCUCCUGCAAGGUCAUGAGAGCUAUGUGACCUUCUGCCAGCUGGAGGAUGAAGCCGCCUUCACCUGCAGUGCUGACUGCACCAUCCGGAAGUGGGACGUUAGGACCGGGCAGUGUCUGCAGGUGUACCGAGGGCACACGUCCAUCGUGAACAGGAUCCUAGUUGCAAAUGGCCAGCUCUUCAGCAGUUCCUAUGACCGGACAGCACGUGCAUGGACUGUGGACAAAGGGCAAGCGUCCAAGGAGUUCCGGGGCCACCGCAACUGUGUGCUGACACUAGCCUACUCGGCCCCCAAGGACCUGCCCGGGGAUCCCUGCUUGGAGGCAGCCAUGGGUGGUGGGCUCCUCGUGACUGGCAGCACGGACGACACGGCCAAAGUGUGGCAGGUGGCCAGUGGCUGCUGCCACCAGACACUUCGGGGCCACACAGGGGCAGUGCUGUGCCUGGUGCUGUCUGUUUCCAGCCACACGGCCUUCACAGGUAGCACUGAUGCCACCGUCCGUGCUUGGGACAUCCUGAGUGGGGAGCAGCUGCGGGUUUUCCGGGAGCACCAGGGCUCUGUCAUCUGUCUGGAGCUCACAGACGGGCUCUUGUACUCGGGCAGUGCAGACAGGACCGUUAAGUGCUGGCUGGCUGACACCGGAGAGAGGGUGCGCACGUUCCCGGCACAUGGACACAGCGUGAGUGCCCUCAAGUACCACGCGGGCACCUGUUGGGUGAAGUUGACAGUUCACACUAAGCAAGCAGGAUUGCUGGGAGCUGAUCUCCAGGACCACUCUCUCUCAGCAGGGGUAUUGAGGGUGUGUGGCCCAGCAUCCUUACCUCCCUGCUGGACCUACAGUUUCUCCCCACCCCCACCUGAGCUGCUCUGCUCACUUAACAGGCUCCUGUGGUUUCGUCCCUAUCACCUCCGUGUUUCCUGCACUGUCUGCCAUGUGAACUGCUGGUCUCCUGUUCAGGGGGUGGCUUCUGGGGAAAUCAGUGUAGGAUGUGUUCACAGGCAGUGGGGACGCCCGUGCCCGGGCCUUUGAUGCCCAGUCAGGAGUGCUGCAGAAGGUGUUCCGAGGCCACAGCUUUGUCAUCAACUGC